AUGGAACUUGCUGUGGGGCUACUGGGCAGUGAUGUCUUUGGAGCCCAGCUUGGUGAUGUGAGAGCCUCUCAGAGGAACGGGUGGGUGGACUGCUCACAGGGUAUCAGGUGCUUCAGUGAAAGCAUAAACCAUGUCAGUGAUCUUGGAGUAAACGGGCCUAGGAAUCUUAAGACUGGGCACAAGAGCACCUGCCCCAUUCCCUGGAGACAGAAAGUAGGAUGUGGGAUUCGAGGCCUGGUUUUGAACCUGGCCUUGCUUCCUGCUAAUUACAUGACCCUUGAACAGAGUCAUUCAACGUCUCUAAGCCUUAUCUGUCACUACUAG